GUGAUGCCUGGGGAGCCUAAUCGGGGAUAUCUGUUGGCCGUGCUGCUGCUAUUGGUCAGUUUCCGCAAGGCUGGCUGCUCAACAUCCGCUCCUCGAUAUCCGGUCUGUAAACCGGGUCUCGAAUUUUGGUCGGUCGAGCGUGCUACCUGUUGGCCUUGCACCAAAUGUUCUCCUGAAUUUACUCUGAGUCCCUGCGCGAUUUAUAAGGAUGCUAUUUGCGGACCACUGUCCGCCCUUGAGCUCGACUGGUCUUUCCUUUCCACUAGGAAACGACCGGAGACCGGCCAAAGAAGCCUCGAAGCGGUUACUUCGAAGAUGUUGUGGAGGUUCCCGGAUUUGGACCAGCAACAGAUUAGGCAAGACUCGAAGCAGUUUGUUGAUAAUUCGGAGCGAGAUGUUCAGUCGAAAACGAAGAAUCAGCUAUUGAAUGAGCCUCCUUAUCCAAGAAGCGCGGCUAUUUCUAAGGAGAGAAUCCUAUGGGAUUGGCAAACAGUCGCAUUGAUUCUUGCCGUGUGUGCCUGUAUUCUCUUUUUCCUGGUCGCAGGAUGCUCGGCUUUGGUCUACGCGAGACAGUGGCGUCGGAUGAAGAAGAACUUCGAGCCUGUGGGUCUAGAAGAGAUCUCGGCUCGAUUAAAUUUAAUAGUCAAGGCGGAACUAGCCGAACUGGUUGUUGUUCAGGGCGCACCCAUGAGCCCUGAUGAUCCCGAAACAAGAUCGAAAAAGAGAGACUGCUGUGAUGGCCGAUUGGCCGGAAGUCAGCGGAAACGUUUACAUAGAGGACGGAGAGCCAUCGAAGGGGAAGAAAUUGGAAAUCGCGAAAAUUCAUCGAAAUAUCGAGACUAUCUUAAAUCAGAAAAAUUUCAACGAUUCGUAGGAACGAAAACUUGCGAAGAGAAACUAAAAUAUUAA